GCCCAAAACCACGGUCUCGCCUCCCACCGUAUCUAUCGUCUUCUUGCGCCCACGCUGGUUGCCGGCCGGUUUCCUUCCGGCAGGCGGCAGCCUAUAUAAAUCCGGCCGGAGCGCAUUUCCUAUCCAUCUCAUCUCACUCACACAGUCCACUGCUGCUGAUACUUCACUGCUACUACCACUACCAGUUCACUUCACUUCCUUGGGAUCUCGUGCCAAGAUGUCUACGGUGACCCGCGCCUACCUCGACCAGAGGCUCGCCGCCGCCGACCGCUGCUCCAGAGAGGCAGCCAUGGCGGGAGCCAAGGCCGCGGCCGUCGCCACCGUCGCAGCCGCAGUCCCCACGCUGGCGAGCGUGAGGAUGCUGCCGUGGGCGAGGGCGCACCUGAACCCGACUGGCCAGGCACUCAUCAUUUCCACCGUCGCCGGGAUGGCCUACUUCAUCGUCGCCGAUAAGGCCAUCCUCUCCAUGGCCAGGAAGCAUUCCUUCGAGGACGCGCCGGACCACCUCAAGAACACCUCCUUGUAG